AUGAGUAAAGAGAAUGCUAAGAAGUCCUCUUCAUUAACUCUAUUAGAGAAUGAAAAAUUAUUACAAAGGAUCGAUUCACCGAAUUUCACCCUUUACAAUUGCAUCGAAUUGCUUUGUAGAUGCUCAAAUAACAUUGGGAUUCAUUAUUACUUAUGUCAGAGAUUGUUGACUUUCCCUCACGCUGAAUUACAAUUUUAUAUCCCACAAUUGGUGCAGAUUCUGUUAACUAUAGAAACUGAAUCGAUGGCUUUGGAAGACCUCAUUAUGAAACUGAAAAAUGAAAACCCACAUUUCGCAUUAUUGACAUUCUGGCAAUUACAAGCAUUAUUGACAGAUUUAUCAACAGAUCCGGCAUCAUACGGGUUCCAAGUUGCAAGAAGAGUACUUAAUAACUUACAAGCUUCAUUAUUUAAUACAACUAUAACGGAAGAUGACGUGAAACCAACAAAGAUGCAUGAAAAUAUUGCACCUGCUCUUGUAUCAGUUUCAAUGAUGAUGUCUUCCAUUGCCAUACCACAAUUGAGUGAAAUGACUAAACCACUAGUGGAAUCGCAGGGGAAAAGGCAAAAAUCAUAUGUCUUUAAAGUCGCACGAAACGCCAUUAAAGAUUUUACAAGAAACAUUACAUUAAAGAAUACAGGACGUAACAGGUCAUCAUCAUCUGAACAUUCAACUAGAACUAGAACCAAAAAUAAAACCCAAACAGAAAAUACAUUUAUCAGACCGUCAUCGUCUGUCGAUAUAGUGGAUUCCACAAUGACUAAAGAAGAUAUGGCUUUCAAAAAACAUAAAGAUACAGAAGAACAUUCAUUAGAUUUUGAUAUGAUUGAUGACGUUGGGUCUCAAGUAUUUGAAGACAGAAUAUCUUCCUCAAUUAAAAUGCCCAAAAGGAAAUCUAAAAUGUUGGAUAAUUCCUUCGUUCAUAGAACAUAUGAUGAACGUUCUAUCACAGAUAUUACUAAAAGUGUACAACAUAAUCCGAACUUCGAUGCUCUUACGUCCCAUGAAGAAAUUAAUGAAAGUCCUCUUCAAAAUUACGAUCAAUUUACAAAUUCCAUGCCUGAUUUACAUAGACCCACAAGAACAUCUACAUCCUUUAGUCAAAGACGCCCAAUAACUAGAACCAAUACCCAACCAACUAGACAUAAUGGAUCGAACUCCAUGAGACCGUCAAUCAAUGGUCGUAGUCCAUCAUUACUUGACAUUUCUAAAAUCUCAACAACUAAAAAGAUUAAAUUGUUAAAAUCAAAUUAUUUCCGUUGUGAAACACAAUUUGCCAUCGCAUUAGAAUCUAUUUCUCAACGGCUUGCACAAGUACCAACAGAAGCAAGAUUAAGUUCAUUACGUGCUGAAUUAUCACUAAUGAAUAGAGACCUUCCAGCAGAAGUUGAUAUUCCAACAUUAUUACCUCCAAAUAAAAAGGGGAAAUUACAUAAAUUGGUAGUUAUAACUGCAAAUGAGGCACAAGUAUUAAAUUCAGCUGAAAAGGUUCCAUAUUUAUUAUUCAUCGAAUAUUUAAGAGAUGAAUUUGAUUUCGACCCUACAACAGAUGAAAAUGAAAAUUUCUUAAAACAUGGUGCCAAUAAGGGUAAUUUACUUUUCGAUUUGAAUUAUUUAAGUAAUAAAAAUAGUAGUAAAGAUGAUUUGAUUACUUUGGUUCCAACAUUUAAUGAAAGUAAUGGAAGAACGGGAAGUAAUUUAAGUUAUGUCGUAUCUGAUCUAGACAAUGAUAAUGAUGAUACUAGCAUAUUGAGAACUCCAUCGGAUGUAUCCCUGGCGGAAUCCAUUUCUUCAACAAACAAUAACAAUAAUAACAAUAACACAAAUUAUGACAACAACAACAACAACAACAACAACGGCAACAACACUUUUAGCAUGAAUGCAUCAAAAGAAAUGGAUUUAGGUGACAUGUCCAUGAUUAGAGUGAAAAAUCAAACUGAUGCAGAAGCAUUCAGAACAUCUGUUGUAUUGAAAAGUGCAGCUAAAGUGCCUAUAAUACCAAGAGAUUCACAAGAUAGGAAUCCAGCUUUGAAGUUUUCAAAUAAUUUUGAUGCGUUAAUAACUAAUAAAAGAAGUACUUCAAAGGAAUUCCAUACUCAAACUGAUGAAUUGGCUGAUCAAAUGCGUAUUUCUGCAUUAAUGUUAAAUCAAUUAGAGAAUUCUCCACAAGAAUAUUCUGCUACAACCAAUCAAAUUCGUGAUGAAAUUAUCGCAUCUAUGAAGGAAGUGCAAGAUAAAUUUGGUUAUAACGAUUUAGAAGCUAUACAUGGUGCCGCGGGUGAACGUAAAUUGAAAAAUGAUUUGUUGACAGGUGGUAUUGAUACAUCUUACCUUGGUGAAGAUUGGAAUACCAAAAAGGAACGAAUUCGUAAGACAUCUGAAUAUGGACAUUUGGAAAAUUGGGAUUUAUGUUCUGUUAUUGCCAAGUCAGGUGAUGAUUUAAGGCAAGAAGCGUUUGCAUGUCAAAUGAUUCAAGCUAUGGCACAAAUUUGGGCCAAAGAGAAAGUUAACGUAUGGGUUAAAAAGAUGAAGAUUUUAAUUACAAGCGCAACAACUGGUCUUGUUGAAACUAUUACGAAUGCUGUUUCUGUUCAUAGUAUUAAAAAAUCCUUAACGAAGAAAAUGGUCAGCGAUGGUGAAUUAGAUGAAAAAACUGGUAUUGCUACUCUUAAGGAUCAUUAUGUUCGUGCAUUUGGUGAUCCAAAUGGGUUCAAGUUCAAACGUGCACAAGAUAACUUUGCCUCGUCAUUAGCUGCAUAUUCUGUUAUUUGUUAUCUUUUACAAGUGAAAGAUAGACAUAAUGGUAAUAUUAUGAUUGAUAAUGAAGGUCAUGUUGUACAUAUUGAUUUUGGAUUUAUGUUAUCUAACUCACCUGGUUCCGUUGGAUUUGAAGCAGCACCUUUUAAAUUAACUUAUGAAUAUGUUGAAUUGCUGGGUGGUGUCGAAGGUGCUCCAUACAAGAAAUUUGUCAAUUCAACAAAAGCUGCUUAUAGAGCAUUAAGGAAAUAUUCCGAUCAAAUUGUUUCUAUGUGUGAAAUCAUGCAAAAGGACAACAUGCAGCCAUGUUUCCAAGCAGGUGAACAAACUAGUGUCCAAUUGGAGCAAAGAUUUUAUCUUCAUAUACCAGAUGAAGAGAUUGAUGAUUUUGCCGAGAAUUUCUUAAUUGGAAAAUCAUUAGGUAGUAUAUACACGAGAGGAUACGAUCAAUUCCAAUUAUUAACUCAAGGUAUUUACAGUUGA